UCCAAAUUAGGUUAAAUAAGUCAAAGUAACAAGUGACAACAAUCCACGCUACUAAAUUAGGGUUUUCACCCACAACCGUUCUCUCUCAAACACACAGAGCAAUGGCAGCCGCAUCAUCUCCUCGCGAAGAGAACGUAUACCUAGCAAAACUCGCAGAACAAGCCGAACGCUACGAAGAAAUGGUCGAAUUCAUGGAAAAAGUCGUCGCCGCCGCAGACGGCGGAGAAGAACUAACCAUCGAAGAACGAAACCUCUUAUCCGUCGCCUACAAGAACGUCAUCGGAGCACGAAGAGCCUCGUGGCGGAUCAUCUCUUCAAUCGAGCAGAAAGAGGAGAGCCGUGGCAACGAAGGACACGUGUCCACCAUCCGUGACUACAGAUCUAAGAUCGAGUCGGAGUUAUCGUCGAUUUGCGACGGUAUUUUGAAGGUUCUGGAUUCCAAACUUAUUGGAUCUGCAUCUGGUGGUGAUUCAAAGGUGUUCUAUUUGAAGAUGAAAGGUGAUUAUUAUAGGUAUUUGGCUGAGUUUAAGACCGGAGAUGAGAGGAAGCUGGCUGCUGAGAAUACUCUUUCGGCUUAUAAGGCUGCUCAGGAUAUUGCGAAUGCGGAACUAGCUCCCACCCAUCCGAUCAGAUUAGGACUGGCACUCAACUUCUCUGUGUUUUACUAUGAGAUCCUUAACUCACCUGAUCGCGCUUGUAAUCUUGCAAAACAGGCUUUUGAUGAAGCAAUUGCUGAAUUGGAUACUUUAGGAGAGGACUCAUACAAGGACAGCACUCUCAUCAUGCAGCUACUUCGCGAUAACCUUACUUUGUGGACUUCUGAUAUGCAGGAUGACACUGCUGAAGAAGUUAAAGAAGCACCUAAGCCUGAUGAUCAGUAAUCAUUUUCUUUUCUUGCUUAAGUUGUUAAUGCAGUUGCUAUUAUUAUACUUGAUUGAAGUGGAGUUUCGUGCUUAGUUAUACACACCUCUCUCACCCACAGUUCCUAAUGUCUUUGUGUUUUAGUCUGUUUAAUUAAUUAUGCUUUAUAUCUA